UCAGGAUGUGUCCAAUAUUUGUGAAUGAGUAUAACGUUCGAACAGUGGUAUCAAACAGAAGUAUCGUUUUGUUAAUUUAGGUUAAUCUAAUUGUAAUUGAACAAUGAAGUAGGAUUUGAUAUUCAGCCAUGCCCACGAAGAGUCUGCAAGCAGUGGAUAUCUUAGAAGCCCUCGAAUCGAAGCUCGCGUACAUUCCAGGAGGUCGUGAUCGCGAAGGAAGACCUUUGAUAGUGGUUAAUGUUCCCUCAGAACUUCAACCGACCACGAAGCCCAGGUUGGAAACGCUGAUCGCCUAUUUCUUGUCAAUUUUUAGCGAGGAGACGAAGAAAAAUGGAUUGGUGUUGAUAGUGGACGCGCAAAGAGGUGCAUGGCGCGUGGCAAGGUCUUGCAUUAGGCUAUCUACUAUACUUCUGGGAGCUUCUGCAGCUUCUGUGAUAGUAGUGCGCCCAGACGGUUUCUGGGAUAAGAGAGUGGACAGCUGUACGAAGUCCCACAAAGAAGGAGAGCCGAUGUAUCUCACCCUGACGAGGCUCCAACUUCACAUUGACUAUGCCCAGCUGGCGUACGAACUGGGUGGCAACAAGCCGUACGACCACGCGGACUGGAUCCAGAAACGCGUGAAAGUGGAAGACUACACUAAAGAUGCAGCCGAUCUUGUUACAAAAAUGACUGACCUACACCAAAGACUGAUGAUCACUUUGGAUGGAUUUCGGAUGUCAGAAUCGGAUGAUGAUUUGGAAUCCUACUCGAGGAUGAGCAACGAUUUAACAUCUCACGCGCAACAUGUUCUUCAGUCAGGCAGAAAUUUAGUCAGUUCGAUGAGCAGAGAAUCCACGAAGGACACUUUGGACACCUCGAUAAAAAUUUACGAGCUUAUCGAUUCCAUCGAAUUGAAACAGCUGGACAUCGAAAACUCCUGGUCAGAAAUGGAAAGAAAUUUGGACACAGCCAGGGUAAUCGGUGACCUCGAGAAGGGCGUGUCGCGUGUUACAGAUUGGAUCCUGGGACCAGCGGAUGCUAUGUUGAACUCUUGUUGUCAAGUCGGAUUCGACGUCUCUUCCUCGGAGGAACUUCGUAGACGACAUGAAGAAUUGGAAUUAGAAUGCAGGGAAACUUACGGACGUUACGCGGAAUUGCUUCACAAAAUCGAUAGUUUACCAAGCACGCGUUUAUCGGGAGACUUGAAAUCUCAAAGAGAUUUCAUGGACUUCGUGUGUAGAAGCUUCGCAAACAGACUCGAGAGACGACGAAACGUGUUAAUCACUUCUCAAAGAUUUUUCAGACUAGUUUCCGAGUAUUUUGACAAAACGAGCGAGGUGUUCGACAAAUUAGUAAUGGGUAAUAGAACUCACGACUUUUCUCAAGCUGCAGUGAAUCUUCUAAAAUUGGAACAGAGUCAAGCAGUUUUAGAAACUUUAGAGUGCGAGUUGGUAAAAGAAGGUGAAAAAUUGUCAGAUAUUUUGUCCAUGCCCGUGAAGGAUGCGCUAGGUCGAGACGUGCACGUUGACUAUGGCGAGGACAUAGUGAAUGUCAGAGAUAUUUUGGAUGCAACGAACGCUAGGAAAAACAUUUUCAAUGACAGUGUCGAGUUCCAAAAACUGUCUCUAAAACAAAUCGCUUUGAUAUAUACUUACGAAAGCGACGCUAAACAGGCUGUAAUAUGGUUGAACGAUUUAUACGAUGUUCUGUUAAAAAAUCAUAUGGAAAUCGGUUGCAACGCUAUCGAAAUACAGUCGCAAAAGGAAGAACAUCAAUCGUUUCAGGAAACUGCUAAGGGGACUUAUGACUAUGGUUGUCAAUUAGCGAACGGUGCUCAAGUACUAAGAUUAUCCUGCAGGCUACCACUGGAAAGUAACGCAGCUCUGUUCUCAAGGCUGCGUCAGGCCUGGAAGCAGCUUCGAUCCGUUGGCCAAGAACAACUAACCAGACUGAGAGUGUGCGCUGUUUUCCAUAGAAGCGUCGAAGAUCACUGUUCGAAGCUACACGACUUGAUCAAGACCGUGGCAUCGCUUCGUCGAUCCUUGAGACCAGAAGACCUAGCCGCAGAAGCCCGAGCCAAGGCCGAGAUAAGAGACAUCCUGAAUAAUCGAGAAAAGCUUCUCCUCGAGGUUGGACGAAUGGUGAGGCUGGGUCGUCUCUUGAGAACACGCUUGAAGGAACCUCUCUGUCAUCAACGGCAAAAAUAA